AUAUUUUCUUCGUUACCCAAUUCUUUUCAUUUUGGUUUUGGUUUGGUUCCGUGUCCAUUUUCUCGGCUCCUCAAAAAAUAUAGCUGCUAAAUCGCCGCAAAGAGGAGGAAGAAGGAGAAAAUGAGUGCGGUGGAACCCAGUUUGGAAGAAUUGUUGGAGGAGAAGAAGCGCGUUAGGAACCCUCUUGUCCCUGUUGGUGCACUUAUUACUGCUGGAGUGCUCACUGCUGGGUUAAUCAGUUUUAGACAAGGCAAUUCUCGCUUGGGUCAGAUGCUAAUGAGAGCUAGGGUGGUAGUUCAGGGGGCUACAGUUGCUCUUAUGGUUGGCACUGCAUACUACUAUGGGGAGAAUCCCUGGAAAUCGAGAUAGACUCUGAAUGACUCAGUUUUUUGUAGUUCUCAUAAUGGUCAUAUUACUCAUUGGAGGACCAAGGUCCUUGCCAGUAACACUUGAGUGUUAUUGCUUUACAUGAUCCAAAUUUGCUUAGUUGCAAUCAUUAUUUUUUAUUUUAAUAAGCAUAUUUUGUAGCUCUAUGCUGAACAAAAGCAUCAUACUAAGAAAACAAUGCCCUCAGUUGAUAUAUUUUGGAAAUAAAUUGAAUGUGCUGUUGUGCAUGAAUUAUUCUGAGAAA